UUUCCUCCAAAAUGGCACUCUAGUCGGUACUGCGGAGUCACGUCGCCCGAGAAAUCGCCCCGAAAAAGGACCCAGCCGCGGUUCGUGUCCACCAGUGAAAGUGUCGAAAUCGGCCUCCAGCUGCAUCGUUCCGCACAAAGGACAACAUUCACCGGCAUGAAGAGCAGCUAAAGCGCAAUAAGAAAGACAACAUCUUAAAUCAGUAAAAUCACUGAAAGUCUUCCAAAAUUUAGUAAAGCUUAUCGCCAGGUGAUUCUUUCACCUUUAUAUCCGUGUUAAAGUAUAAUACUUAGAAUAUACCUAGAUUAUAAAAAUCAUAUUUAAAACUUAGCUUCUAACUUAACACGAGAUAAGCAAAACAAAAACAAACAAAAAAUGUCUUUCCUAAACACGAUGCGCUCGAUGCCCAUGCCCCCGGUGAAGAACGUCCUGAACGUGGCCCUGCAGACCGCCCGCCAGGUCGUCCCGUCGAAGAACAAGCAAAACGACUACGAGCAGCCCCAGGGCGAUAACAUGUCCGGCGGCAGCGGCGGUGGCGGUGGCGUAUCUGGCGUGCGGUCUCCACCGCAGGUUCCUCCACGGCCCCAGAAUGUGCACUUUGCGGAAAGCGAUGGAGACACUGGUGGAACGACCGAGUUGAACCCGUUGAAUCCGUUCACGAAUCCGAAAGCGUACUACCAGGAGGGUGCGGAACAGCCGGCACCCGGACAGUAUCAGGAGACCGGGUUCAACCAACCGAGCGAUUUCGACAAUGGCUACCAGGCGGGCGGCUAUCCUCCGAGGCAAGGAAGUGUGCAAUCCUUUGGCUCCGACAGUACCUUUGCCGGAGGUUGUGAAGGAGAAGUUGCUGGAGGAGCGAAAAUCAACGAGUAUCAAGCGGCGUGGAAUGUUACCAAUGCUAUACAGGGCAUGUUCAUCGUUUCGCUUCCGUUCGCGGUACUCCGUGGCGGUUACUGGGCCAUCAUCGCGAUGGUCGGCAUCGCCCACAUCUGCUGCUACACCGGUAAGAUCCUGGUGCACUGCCUGUACGAACCGGAUCCGCAGACGGGCGAACCGGUCCGGGUACGGGACAGCUACGUGGCGAUCGCCAAGGUAUGCUUCGGCAAGCGGGUUGGUGCCCGGGUGGUAAGUAUAGCCCAGAUCAUCGAACUGCUGAUGACGUGCAUCCUGUACGUGGUGGUUUGCGGAGACUUGAUGGCCGGAUCGUUCCCGGACGGUGCGCUGGACACGCGCUCGUGGAUGAUGCUGUGCGGGAUCUUCUUGCUGCCGUUGGCAUUCCUGAAGUCGCUGCACCACGUGUCGAUGCUGUCGUUCUGGUGUACGAUGGCUCACUUGCUGAUCAACGCGAUCAUCCUCGGGUACUGUCUGCUGGAGAUCGGCGACUGGGGCUGGAGUAAGGUCAAGUGGCGAAUGGAUUUCGAAAACUUUCCAAUCUCGCUUGGUGUUAUUGUCUUCUCCUACACGUCGCAGAUCUUCCUACCGACGCUGGAGGGAAACAUGGAGGAUCGCUCGAAGUUCAACUGGAUGCUUGACUGGUCGCACAUUGCCGCAGCUGCCUUCAAGGCGCUGUUUGGUUACAUUUGCUUUUUGACGUUCCAGAAUGACACCCAGCAGGUCAUCACCAAUAACCUACACUCGCCGUCUUUCAAGGGCUUGGUAAACUUCUGCUUGGUCAUCAAAGCCGUUCUAAGCUAUCCGUUGCCGUUCUUCGCCGCGUGCGAACUCCUCGAGCGUGCAUUCUUCCGCGGAAAGCCAAAAACCUUCUUCCCAGUCGUCUGGGAGUUGGAUGGUGAACUCAAAGUUUGGGGCCUCGCCUGGCGGUUAACGGUCAUUCUCGGAACGAUCAUGAUGGCAAUCUUUAUCCCGCACUUUUCGAUCCUGAUGGGCUUUAUCGGAAGCUUCACCGGUACCAUGUUGAGCUUUAUCUGGCCCUGCUAUUUCCAUCUUAAAUUGAAAGGCCAUCUACUGGAUCAGAAGGAGCGGGCGUACAACUACUUUAUCAUCUUUCUGGGCGUUCUGUUCGGCGUUGUCGGAAUCUAUGACUCUGGCACUGCUCUGAUCCAUGCGUUCGAGAUUGGUCUUCCAUUCUAAGCAUCCACGAGAGAAGAGCGCGAUUGUAUAAAACAAAUUAACGUGUUGUUGACUAUCCUCCGUUUCUCGGUUGAAAGGCUUUCAGUUAAUGACGCAACCUUCAGCAAUUAUACACAUAUAAAUAUAGUGUUAAUGAACAAAAUGUGAACCCUACCGCAGAACAUCUAUCGUCAACCGUCACGAAUGUGAUCCGAGUUUGGGUUAGUCAAAAAAAAAGUAUAGCUCCGUAAUGGGUUUUAUUGCAAGCAUUAAAAAGUAAGAAACAUAUCUUAAAGCAAAACAAAAUGUAUAAAACAAACCAAGAUUAGAAACCACGCACGAAUUAUAGCAACGUUAAGAAAGUAUUCCAACUAAAAGAAAAUCGAACAAAAUGAUCAAUGUCUUCCUAAAUGUUGAACAAACAACACAAGCGGUGAUGAAGUGAACAAAUCAAAUAAUCCAACUGUCUUCCAGCGAUUGCACACUAACCUGUGCAAUCGAACAGUUUAAUUAGAAGAAGAAAAAACACGUGCAAAUGCAAUAAAAACGAGCAUUGUAACUACAUAAAAAAUCAACCAAGAUCGUGUGUUGACAAUAAAUCAAGAAAACAAAACCAGUAUUUAAACGAUUACAAUAUUUAUCAGCCCCACUUGUAACUGAAAGGGGGAGGAAAUAAGCGCUAGAAAUUAAAAACCAGAUAAGCAAAACAUGUGUUAAAAAUCUACAACCAACCAACAUUAGAGAUAGCGGGUAUUGAAAUGAUGUUUACAAGAUAUUUUAAAGUUUUCAUACCUAUUGCCAGUAAUUGAGUACGUUCUAAUCAAAACAUGUCUUCCAAGCGUAUUUGACAAAUUAUCAAGAAAAAAAUAAGUUAUAUUUUGUGUAGCCAAAUUAAUGUAUCCAACGUCUUCCAGCAAGAGAGAUGCAGUGGUUUUUAGAAGCUAUUAGUUUAUAUCUUUCAAAUAAUCAAAAUCAAUUUUCAGUUGAGCUAAGUUUUAGUGUUUCAAUGUCGUUUUAGCAUGAAUGAACUUUGUUAAGCGAAAUGUAUGUUUGGUUAUGUUUUAUCGCAAAGUGUUAUACAAAACAUUAAACUAAUUAUAUUACUGUAUUCAAGAAUAAAAUUAUAGGUGUCCAAAUAAAUCUAGUUAAUUGACUCCA